AGUGAAUUCCAAAAGCAGGAACAUCCCACAGUUCCUUUUUAUAUGGGUUGUGUUUUUUGGUUGCCAAUGUUAAGGUCCUUGAGGACAUGAAACCAAUUCUCAUUUUUUUUGAUAUUUUGCCGCCUCUGCCAUUAGAGCUCCUUCUGCAACUCUCUCAGCUUCUUCAAACAUAACACAACAAAUGAACCAAACAACCUUAACCCAGGAACCCAUUCGGUCUUGAAAGGAACCAAAACAAACCAUGUAUCAAAUCACCAAACUUUAUCAACAAUACCUCAACCUUGUUCACCAUCUUCAGGGCAUAAAAAGAUCUGUUUUUGCCUUCUUUUUCUGCCUACCCACUUCACUGCUAGCUCUUCUCUUGCUUCUUCUUUUGGUUUCCAAUGGCUUAUCAGUUUUCUCCGUUAACCUCCCCUUUCCCGCCAAAUCCCCACCGGAGCCCGCCAAUUUCGUCACCGGAGAGUCAAUCGGAGAAACGCCGGUCACAAAACGGUCAACAAAGAUUUCAUCUUUGUUGAUGUAUGCAGUGAAGGAAGAGAACCCACCAGCGAUUUUGAAGACCCAGUUGCCUCCUCUGGUCAAAUCAAGUUUUUCAAAGGUACCCAGAAACAGUAGUACUUGGUUUUUGAGGAGCAAAAGGGGGCGCAAGAAGAGGGUCAUGUCUCAAAUUGUGAGUUUUGGAGAUAAGCAGAGGCAGUUUCAGAGGAGAAUAACAGAGUUCUUUAAGGAUUCUUCAUGUAAGGUUAGGUUCUUCAUGACUUGGAUUUCUUCUUUGGAUUCAUUUGGUGAUAGAGAGUUGUUUUCCUUAGAGAGUUUGUUCAAGUCACACCCAGAUGCCUGUUUGGUCGUCGUUUCAAAUUCAAUGGAUUCACAGAAAGGGAAUCGGAUUAUAAGCCCAUUUUGGGAUAAAGCUUUCAAAUUGAUUGCAAUAAAGCCUGAUUUUGAUUACAUUUUCAAAGACACUCCUGCGGAAUUCUGGUUUAAUCUUUUGAAGAAAGGGAACGUUGACCCUGGAGAGGUUUCUUUGGGUCAAAAUCUAUCAAAUCUCCUUAGGCUUGCAUUGCUGUAUAAGUAUGGUGGUAUUUACAUAGACACAGAUGUUAUAGUAUUGAGGAGUUUAGCCGAACUGAGAAACUCCAUUGGAGCACAAACGAUCAACCUUGAGACUGGCAAAUGGAGCAGAUUGAACAAUGCAGUCUUGAUUUUCGAUAAGCAACACCCAUUACUCUUCAAGUUCAUUGAAGAAUUUGCAUUCACAUUCGAUGGAAACAAGUGGGGUCACAAUGGUCCUUAUUUAGCUUCAAGGGUUGUGAAGAGGAUUGAAGGGAGACCUGGAUUUAACUUCACUGUGUUGCCUCCAUCGGCAUUUUAUCCGGUGAAUUGGAGCCGAAUUCGAAGCCUGUUUCGGUGUCCAAGAGAUGAGGUUCAUUCAAAAUGGUUGCAUUCUAAACUUGACCAGAUUCGGAAGCAGAGUUUUACAGUCCAUUUGUGGAAUAAGCAGAGUAGAAAGAUUAAGGUCGAAAAUGGAAGCAUCAUUAGUGAAAUUAUGUUGGAUUGUUGUGUCUUCUGCAACUCUUCCUAUUUUAAGUCUGUAAGUAUACAAUAAUUGUGAAUUGUCUUAUUGUUUGUUGUUGUUGUUUGUGGUAACGGACCAAUUGAGUUCAUUCUACCAAUACAGUGUUGAAGAUUAAAGCAAAAGAGAAAAAAAAAUUCCUACUUCUAUUUCUA